UCUUCCAGAGGACCCGGGUUCAAUUCCCAGCAACCACAUGACAGCUCACAACUGUAUGCAACUCCAGUUCCAGGGGAUCCAACACCCUCACAUUGACAUACAUGCAGACAAGACACAUUAAAUAAAUUUUUAAGUCUUUUGGUAGAUAGUUUUUUAUUUCUUUUGGGUAGAUUCUAGGAAUAACUGGAGUUUCAGUAUAUCUACAGAGGAUUUACAAAAAAAUUAAAGGACACACUAACAGAUAGUGAGAAAUCAUUAAGUUUCUGUGUAUGUUUGUGUAUGUCUUGAACAGUGAAUCACACCCUCAAUCCUCGGAAAGUAUUAUUAGCAACAGCUUAAAAACAGAGUUGUGACAGGAGAGGGUAAUAGCUGGGAUAGAUGUGAUAUUUUGCUUGCUUUAUUUAUACUUUUUCAUAGAUAGAUAAAUGGAUAGAUGCUGAUGCUAAGAAACUGGGGUAAUUGAGUCAUUCAUAUAAGGCCCCUAAGCUCCCUAAGGAGGAAAGACUGACAAAUGUAGAGAAUGGGAGGGAUGAAGUGCAAUCUGACACUAUAAUUUUGAGGUGGUGUGGUUUAUAUUAUUGUUUUGAGACAGGGUUUCACUGUGUAGCCCUGGGUGGCCUAGAACUGUAUAGAUCAGACUAGCCUCAGAUUCACACAGAUCCUACCUCUGGAGUGCUGGGGUUAAAGGCGUGCAGCUAGACACCCUACCAGUAAGUUUCUCAGUAUUGCAGAAAGCAAACCUGGGCCUAUUUGCCAAACUGCUAUGUGUAGAUGCGCCCUUCAGCUGUGUCAUUAGUAUGUCUUGCUGGAGUUUUAAGAGAUGUUUGUUAGUUUUAGUAACCCUACCCUACAUAUUAAGUGAAAUUUCAUCUUCCAUUAAGCACCAUUCACAUCUUUAAUAAAUUUUUUUGUGAUUCACAAAUGUUAUUUGCAGCUUUUUUAAAAAUAAAAUGUUUUCUUGCUUGUUUUGUUUUUUUGAGAUAGAGUUUCGCUGUGUAGCUCUGACUGUUCUAGAAUUUAUUAUGUAGACCAGGCUGCCUCUGCCUCCUGAGUGCUGGGAUUAAAGAUAUGUGUCACCAUGCCCGACCAAGAUUUUACAUUUGUAUGUUUAAUGUGCUCACUGGUGUGCAUGUGUGGAUGACUUGUAGAAGCUAGUUCUUUCUUUCCUCUUAAGGGAAUUCUGGGGAUGAAACUCACGUUACCAAACUUGAAAGUAAGUGCUUUCCCUGCUAACCGUCUCAGCUUCUAUUUCAUGUGCGUCUCUCCUUGUUCUCAAGUGCUCGUGUUUUUCUUCAAGGUAGAAAAUGUUGUUAGCUCAAAUAAAUCGGGAUUCUCAGGGAAUGACAGAAUUUCCUGGAGGAGGAAUGGAGGCUCAACAUGUUACCCUAUGCCUGACAGAGGCAGUAACUGUGGCAGAUGGUGACAAUUUAGAAAAUAUGGAAGGUGUAAGUUUACAAGCUGUAACACUUGCAGAUGGCUCCACUGCUUACAUACAGCAUAAUUCUAAAGAUGGGAGACUCAUUGAUGGCCAGGUCAUUCAGUUGGAAGAUGGUUCUGCUGCCUAUGUUCAACAUGUCCCCAUACCUAAAAGUAGGGACAGUUUGCGGCUGGAGGAUGGGCAAGCGGUGCAGCUAGAAGACGGAACCACUGCAUUUAUUCACCAUACUUCAAAAGAUAGUUAUGACCAGAGCUCACUUCAGGCAGUUCAAUUGGAAGAUGGCACAACAGCGUACAUCCACCAUGCAGUGCAAGUCCCACAGUCUGAUACCAUCUUGGCAAUUCAGGCUGAUGGGACAGUGGCAGGGCUGCACACUGGGGAUGCUACAAUUGAUCCAGAUACCAUUAGUGCUUUGGAGCAGUAUGCAGCAAAGGUUUCCAUUGAUGGGAGUGAAAGUGUAACAAGUACAGGAUUGAUUGGAGAGAAUGAUCAAGAGAAAAAAAUGCAGAUUGUCUUACAAGGACAUGCUACAAGAGUAACUCCUAAAUCUCAGCAGAGUGGAGAGAAGGCAUUUCGGUGUAAAUACGAUGGAUGUGGCAAACUCUAUACAACAGCUCAUCAUCUUAAGGUCCAUGAACGUUCACACACAGGAGACCGGCCUUAUCAGUGUGAGCAUUCAGGCUGUGGGAAAGCAUUUGCGACAGGUUAUGGAUUAAAAAGUCAUUUCAGAACUCAUACUGGAGAAAAGCCAUAUCGAUGUUCAGAAGAUAAUUGUACAAAAUCUUUCAAAACUUCAGGAGAUCUACAGAAGCACAUCAGAACCCAUACAGGAGAAAGGCCCUUUAAGUGUCCUAUUGAAGGCUGUGGUCGGUCCUUUACAACAUCAAAUAUCAGAAAAGUGCACAUUAGGACACACACAGGAGAAAGACCUUACUACUGCACAGAACCAGGAUGUGGGAGGGCAUUUGCCAGCGCAACCAAUUAUAAAAACCAUGUGAGGAUACACACAGGAGAAAAGCCAUAUGUCUGUACAGUUCCUGGUUGUGACAAAAGGUUUACAGAAUAUUCCAGUUUGUAUAAACACCAUGUCGUUCAUACUCACUCUAAACCAUACAACUGUAACCACUGUGGGAAGACAUACAAACAGAUCUCCACACUAGCUAUGCACAAACGGACAGCUCACAAUGACACAGAGCCCAUUGAGGAGGAGCAGGAAGCCUUCUUCGAGCCUCCCCCAGGUCAAGGUGAUGAUGUUCUUAAAGGGUCCCAGAUCACAUAUGUUACAGGUGUAGAAGGAGAGGACAUUGUAUCUACACAGGUAGCCACAGUAACCCAGUCUGGGUUGAGUCAACAAGUUACGCUUAUAUCCCAGGAUGGCACUCAACAUGUCAACAUAUCUCAAGCUGACAUGCAGGCCAUUGGCAACACCAUCACCAUGGUAACGCAGGAUGGCACACCUAUCACGGUCCCCACUCACGAUGCAGUCAUCUCCUCAGCAGGAACACACUCUGUGGCUAUGGUCACCGCCGAGGGCACAGAAGGACAGCAGGUUGCAAUUGUGGCUCAAGACCUGGCAGCAUUCCAUACAGCCUCUUCAGAAAUGGGACACCAACAACAUAGCCAUCAUUUAGUAACUACAGAAACCAGACCUCUGACCUUAGUGGCAACGUCCAAUGGCACUCAGAUUGCAGUUCAGCUUGGAGAACAGCCAUCUCUGGAAGAAGCCAUCAGGAUAGCAUCUAGGAUCCAACAAGGAGAAACGCCAGGGUUAGAUGAUUAAUACUCAACCACAGAGCAAUAAAGUAGGAGGAAGGAGACUCCCAUCUUCUGGCUGCAGAGAUCCCUGAGGCCCGGCCUGGCAGAGCAGAAGUUCCAUUCCUGAAGCACUGUACACGUUUUUUAUGCAAGAGUGGAGAACAUUUUCUUCUUGACACUUUUGUGUACAUAGCCCCUGGAAUAAAUUCCCAAAGUGAUUCAUUGUGUACAAGGAAGUAUGAAAUUAGGGCACUACAGCAAUCCUUCAUGUUACUCUUUAUCACACAGCAGACUUCUGGAAUCCACCCACAAGACCGUCCAGGUCUAUACAGAGUCAAGAUGAGAUUUUUAACUUACUGUGAAAAAAAAAAGGCUGUAUCUAAUGUGCCGAAGGCUCUACAUGUCAAACAAUCAUAACUUCAAAGCCAUCACAGAAAAUAAAGGAUGCAAGCCUUCAGAUGUCCCUCCAGUUAGUGUCUGGAUUUUUUUUCCCACCAUACACCCCUUUUUAUUUGUAUUUCAAGAAUUGAAGACCUCAUUUAUAGUGUCCCAUCCCUGUUAUAUAAUGCUUCUUCAAACUAAAAUGCUAAUUAUUUUAGCAUUACAUUGGAUUGUGUACAAAAUGUAAAAGUUUGGUUAUUUUAAAAUAAACAUUAAAUCCAGUGUUGGAAGCUA